GGCUGUAACCGGCGGCUGAGCUGGCCUUUUUGUGUCUCCAGGCUUAGGCCUGGCAGCCUAGUGUUUGGGUGAGGGAGAAAGGACAAGAUGGAGGAAGGUGAACAAGAAGGCACAAUCCAUGUUGCUUCCGGGUUCUUCAUCACCAACUUUCCCGGGCCUGGGAAGAUACAGAUCAACCCAGCAUGCGCCAGGCAAAUCUGGAUUGGGAAAGUCGACAUUAAUCAACUCAUUAUUCCUCACAGAUUUGUAUUCUCCAGAGUAUCCAGGUCCUUCUCAUAGAAUUAGAAAGACUGUACAGCUGGAAGCCUGUUAUCGAUUACAUUGCUAGUAAAUUUGAGGACUACCUAAAUGCAGGAUCAUGAGUUGACAGACGUUAGAUGCCUGAUAACAGGGUGCAGUGUUGUUUAUACUUCAUUGCUCCUUCAGAACAUGGACUUAAACCAUUGGAUAUUGAGUUUAUGAAGCACUUGCAUGAAAAAGUGAGUAUCAUUCCAUUUAAUGCCAAAGCAGACACACUCACACCAGAGGAAUGCCAACAGUUUACAAAACAGAUAAUAAAAGAAAUCCAAGAACAUAAAAUUAAAAUAUAUGAAUUUCCAGAAACAGAUGAUGAAGAAGAAAAUAAACGUGCUAAAAAGAUAAAGCUCCACCUUCAGCGACUCAUCCCAGCAGGCUGACCCCUCCAGAGGCUGUACCAGCUGCCUCUCAGUCUAGGGGAAGCAGCGGGGGCCUGUGCAGACACGAACGACUCUGUCCGACAGCUUUGGGGAGAGCCGUGGACCCAAAUAAGAGUGU